GUGCGGUCGGGAUGCAGAAGUGCCAAUGCACAACCGAAUCCAGACGGGCUUGUGUGUAAGCGUCCCGCACUCGAUCCCACCAGUGACCAAGCGACGCUCCGACACGGAUGGGAUCGAAUCUCGGAUAUACUCGUGACUCCCACUUGCCUCACCUCCAGACGCUGCUGACCAGGCAGCCCUGGGCGCGGGCGAUACCCGCGUCGCCCAACACGACCCGAAAGUCGCGCUCAUACUCCUGCACUUCGUCAUGACCUUCUUCAGCAGCGUCUUCGGCGCCUCCUCGCCUGGCCAAGUCAAAGCGUCGCAAGCAGGCACUCGAGUCGAGGCCUUCCCACGCCUUUCCUCUCGUCAAGCUCCUCCUGCUCCAGCAAAUGCGACGGAAUACACGCACAUCAUUCUGGGAGCUGGCACCAGCGGCUCAGUUCUGGCAUCAAGACUGUCGGAGAAUCCCGAUAACAAGAUCCUGGUGCUGAAUUACGGGCCGCGCGUCGAUGAUGUCCUCUCCCGGCUACCGCUUUUCAGCAUCGUUCGAAGCUACGAUCCAAAGUAUGCGUUCAUUAGGUAUACUACACCUCAAAAUGGUCUGGGAGGGAGAAGCGUACGAAUGCUCUCAGGAAAAGUCGUUGGAGGAUCGAGCGCCAUCAAUGCUUCCAUCUACACGCUUGGCCCACACGCCGAGCUAAACGCGUGGGCAGAAAAGCUGCAGGCUCCAAGCUGGUCAGCCUCCGCUUUGGAAUCUGUUCUCAGACUUCCCAAGCAUCGCAUCGGCUGGUCGAGCAACAAGACGGCGACUGCGCCUCCUGCGCCCGACUCCAACGGUGCAAAAGCUGCGAAAGGCCUGCAAAGCUCGUCGACAGAGCCCGUCGGGCCCUGGGAAACGUAUCACCCUCGUCAGCACAAGUUUGAGCAGACCGCUCUCAUCCUGAAAGAGCUGGACAGCAUGGGCAUCAAGACCGUCGUCGAUUCCCACAGCCCUGCUGCCUCCUCGAGCAAAGGCCCCAUCGGAACGGCAAGCUUUACGCUCCAGGCCUCGCACGCUAGCGACGGCACCAAGUGUCACGCUGGCAAUGCAUUCCUGACCGAUGCUGUGCUCUCGAGGCCAAACCUAACACUUUGCACAAACGUCAACGUGCUGCGUCUGCAACUCGGCGAAGGGAGCAGCGGCAACCUAUCCGCCAAAGGCGUCUGGUUCGAGGAGCUGCAAAGCGCAAAACCAAGUGCGGACUCCAACGCCGCGUAUUACGCAGCUUCGAACUCGGUCAUUCUCUGUCAAGGAGUCUACGACACGCCCAUGCUGCUUCAUCAUAGCGGCAUUGGACCUACACAUCUUCUCAAAUCGCUCGACAUUCCUGUGCGCCUCUCGCUGCCUCAGGUCGGCGCCAACCUGCAGGACCACGUCGCCGUACCGCUGCACUUCUUGGUACCGCGGGAAAAGUCUGGAUUAAAGAUGGUCGAAGGUGCCUCAGCUCUUUUAUACGGCAUUCGCAACGCGUGGGACUACUUUCGGCACGGCAAGGGCCUAUUCACGAGCACUGGUUUCAUGGAAAGCGCUGCGUGGUUCAACACGCAGGACGUUGGUCAUGAUGAAAGCGGAGAUAUCAUCGUCAAAUGUGCAGACCCGUACCGUGUGGCCGACAUCGAGUUGAUGUUCUCGACGUACUACAUCGACGAUUCCUUUCCAAGAUAUGCGGGGCUGGAAGAUGGACUCGGUGUGAUCGGAGUCCUUGUUGUGCUCGCUCAGCCAAAUGCCGCUGGAUCGGUGCGCCCAGCAAGUGCAGACCCAAGAGACGUCCCUUUGAUCGAUCCUGCAUACCUGUCAGAUCCCGACGACUUGAAACGUCUGGCUCUUGCGACAAAAGUCGCUUUGCAAGUCGUCAGGCGUCUAAAGCAGACUGGUUUCGAGGUGUCUCCCGCUAGUAUACCCGGCAGAGAUGGAAUGACUGGCAGGUGGUGUUUUGACGGACCCACAGAUUUCAACGCAUUUCCUCAUCCAGAGGAAAUACCACAACCAGUCUACGAGUCGUGGAUCAGGGCGAAUGCUAGACCAAUCUACCACGGCACCUCCACCAUGGCUCUGCGCUCCCCCAACGACACUCCCAUCGAUGCGCAAGAACUUACCCUGAAAGGCGUCGAUGGCUUGCGCGUGUGCGAUGCAAGCAUCUUCCCCAACGUUCCAAGCACGCACCCUCAAAGCUGGAUCUUCGCGCUGGCGGAGAGGCUCGCCAGAAGGAUGAGCGAGUAACGCGGCGCUUGGCCAUCUCGCUUGGCUUGAUGCUGACCAUAUAUAUCCGCUGUGGCAAGUCUCGCACGACUCACUGUUCUAGUCGUCCGCGUGCAGUACCAAUCUGAAAACAAGACAAUUGACGAAUGCUAAUCAAAUUUGAUCAGCGC